AACGCAAUAGACGUGAUAACAAAAAUUCAUCAAAUUUUCCAUAAAAUUCCCUUGAAAAAGAUGAAAAUUUAGUCAAAAACCCGAAAAAAUAAAUGGAAAAAAUGCCGCAAUUCGAUACAAGUUCGAUGAAAUCCAAACGUUACAGCGACGAGAACAGUCGAAUCAACCCGAAAUUUUGCAAAUUGGUUCUCCAUCCGAAAAGUUUCAGCAGCGAAGAUUUCUUGGUCAACUCGAAGGAAAACACGGAACUGAAAGUUGGUGAUAUUGUUGAGAUUUACCAGCCCGAUGACGAAGGAUGUCACUUGCUGCUUCAAGUUACGAGCUUUAACGAUGAAAUAAAGGCCGUCAUUAGUGUGGAAAAUAGUAUCGCAGCAGCGUUUAAUUUGCGAACGUACACAAAUGUCUACAUGAAAGUGAUUGAGGAUCCGUCGACUGUUUGUCUCGACUCCGUUGAAAUCACCUUCAAGGACCAAUACAUGGGCCGUUCGGAGAUGUGGCGCGUCCGCAACUGGCUCACCAACACGUGCGUUUACAUCAACAAAAAGCUCGAAUAUUGCGACAGUUCCAUCCGCUGCCAAAUCUACGAAAUGUGGGCCAAAGGAACGCGCGUGGCAUGCGGCGUCAUUAGCGAAAACACCAAAAUUGUCUUUCGCAGCUCGACCAGCAACUUGUACCUGAUGAUCCAAAUGUCUUCGGAGAUGUGGGACUUUGACAUCCAUGGCGACUUGUAUUUCGAGAAAGCCAUAAACGGAUUUCUCGCGGAUUUGUUCAACAAGUGGAAGAAGCUCGGAAGCAAUCAUGACGUCACAAUUGUCCUUUUUUCACGUACUUUUUAUGAAGCGACUAAAAUUGAGGAUUUUCCGGAGCCGAUGCGACUUUGUCUGCGCGAGGAUCACAAAGGAAGGAUUUACGAGGAUUUCUAUCGCGUUGCCGUGCAAAAUGAUCGUUUUGACGACUGGCAUUCGGUGCUGAGUCAAUUGAGGGCAAUGUUCACAAAUUAUCAAAAAAUGGUCCUGCACAAUUACGAUCAUCUCGGACCGAAUGUCCCGAAGGCUUAUAACUCGACAGCAGCUCAGGGAAAUUAUUUGGAGGUCUUGAACAUGUCUCUGAAUAUUUUUGAGAAACAUUUUUUGGAUCGCACGUUUGACCGAACGGGACAACUUUCGGUCGUUAUUUCGCCAGGUGUCGGAAUUUUCGAGGUAGAUCGCGAAUUGACGAACAUCACGAUGCAACGAAUCAUCGACAGCGGCGUCGGCAGUGAUUUGGUGUGUGUUGGCGAGCAACCACUUCAUGCCGUGCCUUUGCUCAAGUUCAACAGCAAACAUUCCUGUUACUUGUCUGUCGAUGACUUUUCGAUGCCGCACUGGAUUAACCUCAGUUUCUACACGACCAACAAAAAAGUCGCUUAUUCCACGUUUGUGCCACGAAUUAAACUCCCCCCGCUGGAAUUGAGUCAAAAAUAUCGCGACAACAUGAUCCCGAUACAAUUCACGCAGUUCAACUACCAAAUGGACUACGUGCAUAAUUCGCUAUUCGACUAUGACGAGUACGACAGUCAAAUUUUCUCGUCCGACAAUCCGCCACAAAGUCAAUAUAUCCCGACGUCGCCGAUUCUGAUGGAUCGCGAUAUGAGUUUGGCAUCGCCGCGCAUCCACAAACUCAAAGAACGGAAAUUGUCGAGUCCAGAUGUUCAUCAUUCGACAGUUUUUGACGAAGAUUCGGCGAAUUCUUGUGGAAAUCAGUGCAUGGUGAUGGACGAUAUGAUACGAGAAGACCAUCGAAUUGUCCGGAGACAUCGUUGGAGUCACACCCAAAGACCGUUUACGACAAAAACCUUGAUAAAUCCCUUUGAUCCGGCGCAUGUCACGGUAAAAUUGACCUCAAGUCGUCGCAGAUGGACUCAUAUUUUCCCGAAAGGACCCUCGGGAUUGCUGGUGCAGCAACAUCAUCAUAACAUUGAGUUGCAUUCCGUGGAUGAGAAAGAAGGCGAUGAUGCAAGUGUCGAUUGUAGAAGUAGUGAUGGCGAGAGAUCGUCCCUGAGUGGAAGUGUCGUGAUGGGAAUGGGAAAUUUGGGAUUGACGCCGAAGAAGAAGAACACGGCGUUGUUGUGGGGUGCCACGGGAGAGCAGGAAUGGACGCCAGCGUUGACAACGGGUGUUGAUUGGAAAUCGCUCACAAUUCCUGCAUGCCUUCCCAUCACAACCGAUUUUUUCCCGGAAGAGAGUGCCUUGCAGAACGACUACGUCUUCUCCGUCUACACUCUUUUGCCGGAAGACAUCAACAUGGAUUUUUCCGUCAUUCGUGGCUCGUACAAACAACCUUUAACCGCUCGCGAUGUCUUCCAAGAGCUCGUUUCGCAACGUCUUUCGCAAGGAUUUCAAGCGAUCAUCACCACGAAGAAACAAACGCCAACCAGUGCCAUUGACGAAACACCCCGAAAACCUCCGCUCGUCGCCACGCCGCUCAAAAAGAAACCUCUUUCCAACGAACGACAAGCGGAACAACUUCUCUCCAUCGGCAGAAUUUUUCAUCGCAUCACGAUGAACGAAUCCUCGAUCACGGUGACACGUUACCGUCCCCGCCAUUUGUACACACCAAAGAGCGUCAACUACAAAUAUCGCUUCCGCACCCCCUUCACGAGCAGCUACGAAGACGAAUAUGUGAAUUUCAGCACGGAACGUCUCGAAAACUUCAAUUGGAACUAUUUGGAUCAAUAUGUUUGCGCGCGCGGCCACACCGAUUAUCCGUUGACGGAAAACAUGAAAUAUUGGCGUUAUCGGAUGUUUUUGUUGCCGAAAGAGGAUUCGGCGACACGGAAAAUUAUCGAGCAAAAUUUGGUCAUGUGCGACAUUUAUUCGCGCGAUACGAUGAUUUUGUCAAAAAAGCAGUGCAUCGAUGACUUUUUGAGGUUUUUGGAGACGCAUCUGAAUCGUGUCAAGAGACAACAAAAGAAGCAAAAGACAACUUCUGUGAGUUCACCGAUGCGAGAUAGACUUGGCAGCACGAGAUUGAACGACAAAAUAAGACCGAGAUCGGAAUCCGUUAAAGUUGGGGAAAAGAGUAAAAUGUUUUCGUCGCCGCUUUCCGAGUCGCAUAGCGGAACAUUGAACGCUCAAUUACUCGACUACCACAGCGAAGAAAGCGAAGACGCCUUUGCCAGCGAAAGUCUCAAACUAAAAUCCAACGCCAGUCUCCCCGAAAUCUUGGAACUUUUCACACAUCCCUUGCAUGGCGUCUCAUUUCUCCAACCGGCACCUACCUUACCUUCAUUCACUUUCACUUCCUUCGACGCCGUCAACUGGAUUUCGAGUCACAUGGAAAUGUCGAACGCCACAAACGAUCCCGUAAAAAUCCUCACUUCCAUGCGAGAUGCCCGAAUGAUUUGUCACGCAUCCGGUGACUUCCGCAAACCCAUAAUUGUCGGUUUUCACCUUUAUUACAUCGUGCAACAAGACACAAAAGCCCCGGAUUUCGCUUUGCCUCUGGGAAAUUUGAAAUUAUUCGAAAACGAAUGGAUGGAAGUGGAAAUUGUCGAUUCAAUUGAGAAAGCGCAGAGUUUCAAUGUGACGCAAAAACCUUUGCAGCCCUACCAACUGUACAAGGAAUGCUAUUUGGAUGUCGAUAUCGGGAACAAAAGUGAUCGCGCGGAAUGGGGACAUGCCAAAUAUCACAAAGUUAUGACGCCGGGCGUGGCAUACGAGAUCGCAGUCGAAUGGAUUGCCGCUUCGGGGUCAAUUAUGAACGAUUUGACGAAUGGCUGGGCACGAAAAGCGUUGCAUUGUAAUUUUCAACUCAUUCCGGUGCCCUUUGAUCCAGUCGCUGAACAGUUAAUUGAGAAGCUCAAUCCAUUCCGGUCGCCGAUUUUCGUUCCCUUGAAUUUCGAUGGGAUCGACGAUGCCCCCGUGGAAUUGGGAGACAAGGAAUCAGCCUUUUUGGAGAUAAUUGCGGCUCGUUUUGGCUUUAUUCCGACUGUAGCGGCGCCGCAGAACAAACUUUUCGUGCAUUGCACGGGAUUUAUGUGCAUUUUGUUGCCGCCUUUUAACAAAACUUACACAACGGUGGAGAAUGAGAAGGAAUUUCACUCGAAAGAUUGCAUGGGCUUCUUGUGGGCCUUCAACCACAUGAUCCAGAACAAGAAAUGGAAACAGUGUCUCAUUAACGACUCGGACGAGCUCUAUCCGCAUCGCAUGCUGAAGGAUUUUCGCAACUUUUGUAGCAACCACAACAAUCGACUUGCGAAAAUUUGGGCAGAAAAUCGUUCCGUUUAAUGUUAUUUACAUUUUUAUCAAUUUAUUACUUGUUUUUUUUUACUCGCUCUGUGACAAUAAAGCAGAAAAUCCUAUAAAUCUUUACUUCCGUUGGUUGGUGGCUCGGGGAUCAUCGGGUCUGACAACAACUGGGAAGAACUUGUAACGACGAUUCCAUAAUUCGUUCUUCUGGUAGUACACGAGACUGCAGCCAAUUAAGACUAAUCCUACGCCAGCGGCAGCGAUAGAUCCCAUAACUUCGGGGAUUUCAUCGCAGCCUUGUUUGAACAACUGUCCAAGAGUCCUACGAGGAAUACGGGCAGCCAUCGAACACGGAUUUUAUGUUUUUUUUACGUCUGCCUGAAUUAUGUAAGGGGAUUGUUUUGAUAUUUUUUCACAGAAAG